AUGGGAUUCUGUUGGCCAAAUCCCCGAGACGAGGAGGUGAGCAAAUACUGUGGUCUGGUUAUGCCCAAGACUUUGUAUAUCUAUGGGAAGAGUUUUUUCCGAAUUGAUGGACCAUGUCUUGUUAAUACCAAAGUUAAAACAGCAAAUACCUAUAUGGCAAUUCCUUCACAGGGGCUACCUUGCUGCUUUCCCUAUCUAUUGGUAUACUAG